AUGAUUGACCCCUCUUGUGGAGAUAUGAACACCUUCAAUAUGCAGCAUGGUUAUUCCGAGGCGCUGAUUCGUGGCUAUAAGUCUGGAUUUUUGACAGAUUCGGACUACCAUCAUAUUACGCAAUGCGAAACAAUCGAAGAUGUGAAGCUAAAUCUGCAAGAAACCGAUUAUGGCAACUUCCUCAGUGAAGAGUCCGCGCCCAUCAUGCCUGAAGCCAUUCGGAAGUGCGCACUCCGAAAGCUCGCUAGAGAGUGGUCCUUCAUGCGAGCUCAGGCCACUCAACCGCUCGCCCAUUUCAUGGACAUGACCUCCUACGAAUUCAUGAUCGACAACGUGAUUCUGAUUCUCAAGAUGGCUCUGACCCACCCCUCCCUCUCUCUCAAAGAGCUCGAAGAGAUGUGCAACCCUCUGGGUCCGCUGCCCGAUCCGAUCAUGCGAUCGAUCGCGAGCUUCGAGAACUCUCCGAAGGGCUUCCAAGACCUCUUCCACGUGGUUCUGGUGGAGCUCCCGGUGGGCCAGUACUUCUGCCGCUACCUGGACGACCAGACCGAGAACCACAUGCUCCACGGCGCGAAGCUGGUGCAGAGCUUGCUGGAAGAGAGCUCGAUCGAGAUGAUGGAGAUCGGCGUGAAGAAGCUGUAUCUGGAGGACUUCUACUACUGGACGCAGCGCGUCGGCGGGUUCACCGCGGAAGUGAUGGGCGACAUUCUGAAGUCGAAGGCGGACGCGCUGGCGAUCAACCUGAUUCUGAACAGCUUCUCCACGCUGUACAACGAUCCGAAGCUGCGCAAUCUGCGCCACUCGCUGCUGCCAUCGAUCGGGUUUUUGUACCCGGAGGGCAUCGAGCCGCUGAACAACUGCGAGGACGUGGACAGUCUGGGCCGCGUGCUGGAGAAGUACUGGGUGUACAAGCGGAUCUUCGAGUCGGCGAUCCAGGGCGAUCAGAUGACGGUGGACGACGCGUUCUAUCUGAACGAAGUGCGAUUGCUGGAGGCCGGGUUCGAUAGCCAGUUCCAUCUGGCGUCGUAUUACUGCUACUGCCAUCUCAAGCUGCAGGAGAUUCGGAAUCUGGUGUGGAUCUGCGAGUGCAUCGUGCAGAAACAGAGAGCGAAGAUCGACAAGUAUAUUCCGAUCUUCAGCAGCAAUGCUGCUUGGAGACGGGGGAAGCUGGGGAUUUGA